AUGACUGUUACAGCAAUUGACAUUGAAGAAGUAAAGGCUUCUGUAGAUGCUGCCCUCCAGGCACUUCAAAAGGAAUUGCGAGAGCUCAAUCAUCAGAUUUGGUCCAACCCCGAGCUUGCAUACGAGGAACACCUUGCUCACAAUGCAAUCUGCGAUUUCCUCGAUGCCCAAGGCUUCUCAGUCACUCGUCACGCGUACGGCCUGGAUACCUCAUUUGAGGCACUGAGCGGAUCUGGUGGACGGUUGAUCAACUUCAACGCGGAAUACGACGCCUUACCGGACAUCGGCCAUGCAUGUGGUCACAACCUGAUCUCAACUAGCAGUAUUGCGGCCUUUCUUGCUCUUUCGUUUGUAUUGAAGAAAUACGGAAUCCCUGGCCGAGCUCAGCUGCUGGGCACACCAGCCGAAGAGAAUGGAGGCGGAAAGGCCAAGCUGAUCGAUGCUGGGGCUUAUAAAGGAGUAGACAUCUCUCUCAUGGCUCAUCCUGGUCCCCAGAAAAUCUACCCCGACGAGGAGGCUUGUGAUGGAAUCGCUGGCACUUUAAUGAAUGCCCGCAAAAACAUCCAUUGCGAAUUUACGGGAAGAAACGCCCAUGCUGGCGGCAACCCCUGGGAAGGAAUUAAUGCUCUUGACGCCCUGGUGUCAUCCUAUAACAAUGUUGCGGUUCUGCGCCAACAGCUACUUCCAGAUCAGCGCAUUCAUUGUGCGUUCCUGGACACACCCAAGGUUGCUAAUGUCAUUCCGGCAUACACCAAGGCAUUUUGGCAGGUUCGUAGCCCUACCCUCAAGGGACUCAACACCCUUAUUGGAAAAGUGCGCAACUGUAUCGAAGCCGGUGCGCUUGCCACUGGUUGCCAAGUCAAGAUUGAAGAGGAUGAACUCUAUACCGAUGUCCGACUGAACGACACUCUGUGUGAGCGGUAUUCCGCACACAUGGGACGAUACAAUCGCAAGGUACUCCAGCGCCACGAUAAAGUUCUGACAGGAUCCUCGGAUAUCGGCAAUGUCAGCUACGAGACUCCCACACUACACACAAUGUUCGCCAUUCCAGCCCCUCCAACAUCAUUCCCCCAUCAUCCGACAUUUGCAGCUGCGGCUGGAACGGAUGAUGCUCACGCUGAAGCACUUAUUGUUGGAAAGUCCUUGGCGCUCAUUGGGUGGGAUAUGGUAGUGGAAGCUGCCAUGUUUGAUACUGCGCAGCGGCAGUGGAAAGAUGAGAUUGCAAAGGAGUAG